AUGGGCUUUUGUUCUCUCCCCCUCUGUCCUGCCCCAGCUUGGCCCAGGGACUGCAGUGAGGCUCCAGCUGGCAGCCCCAGUGGUGUCUACAUCAUCCAGCCCACGGGACUGCACCCCAUCAUGGUGUACUGCGAGAUGAGCGGGGCAGACGGGGGCUGGACCGUCAUCCAGAGGAACCGGCAGGACACGGAUAUCACCUGGGCUGAGUCCUGGAGCACCUACAAGCACGGCUUUGGGAACGUGCACACCGAGUUCUGGCUGGGCACCGAGUACAUCCACCAGAUCACCAGGCAGAAGAUCUACCGGGUCAGGUUUGUCAUCUGGGAUGCUGCAAACAACAUGAGGUUCGCAGACUACAACCUGUUCAGCCUGGAUGAUGAGGCCCAGGGCUACCGGCUCAGGCUGGGAGCGCACUCGGGGACAGCAGAGGAUGCCAUGGAUUCAGACAAUCCCAGGAAAGUGCACAACAACAUGAAGUUCUCCACAAAGGAUCGGGAUCAGGAUACUUACAGAGGGAACUGUGCCUCACGCUAUGGGGGUGGGUGGUGGUACUCAGCAUGUUACUCUGUGCAGCUGAAUGUCAAGGGGGGCCUGACAUGGGGCAACCUGUGCAAGGGGAACUGCAGAGCCUCGGCCAUCCUCAUCAAACCAACUCCAUACCCCUAG